AUGGAAAAGGCAGAUCAGCGACUGAAAAGGGUAAUGAGCCGUGACUGUGCCAUGUCAGCAGCCCACGCCGGGGAGGGGUCCAGUGAGGAGGGGCCUGCACCGGCUCAUCCACCAAUCAGACAGGAAGUGAUGUCACCAGGAGCAGCGAAGGAUGGGGGCUGUGAUUACCCGCAUCUAGAGGCCUCGGCGGCGGGACGGACCGCUCCAACUGGUUUACAAGAGGCAAAGGAAGUGACGUCAUCAGAUGGAACAACUCUGCGACAGCGCCAUGAACAAACAGCUUUGAGUCCAGUGAGGAGAGAGAGGACGUCAGAUGGAGUGCGGUGCAGAGGUCUCCGCUCCCACACGGCGAGGAGACCACAUCCGCCUGAACCUCCAUAUUCCGGGGGUUUCUUCUACGUGGGAGGGGCAAAUGGAGUGGACAUCGUGAGAAGUUACUGUGAAAGCAAAGGCUGGACUCGGAUCGAAAACAAGCAGCGAGAAGAUUUCAAACUCAAAUGGUGUGAAACCAGGUCCAGAGCCAACUACAGCAACUUCAGACCAGGUCAACAGUUAAUGUUCCAGAUUCCAAACAAUGACGUCCUGACCACAAAGAUCGGCCUCCUCCGCAGCCUCAGAGAGUACGAGAGAGUCAGGAGCAAAGUCAGACACUGCCAAGGCGUCCGAAGACUUAAAAUGGACGAGUUUAUUCCAACCACAUUUCGUAUGGACGUAAGAGAAGAGAGAGAGGCCUUUUUCUCUCAACAGGAAGGUCUCGUUACAAACCAGAGACACAUGUGGAUCUGUAAACCCACCGGCCUCAACCAAGGGCGAGGGAUCUUUCUGCUCAAGAGCCACGAGGACGUGAACGCCCUCAGAGAGAGACUGCAGCACGGACACCAGCACCGCAAGACACCGCUACACCGACAGCAGGCGCGCGUCGUCCAGAAAUACAUCCAGAACCCUCUGCUUCUGAAGGGCCGCAAGUUUGACGUGCGCUCGUUCCUUAUCAUCGCCUGCCCCUGUCCCUACGUGGUCUUCUUCAGUCACGGAUAUGUGCGUCUGACCUGCGACCAGUACGACCUGCAGAGCCCCAACAUGGCCACGCACCUCACCAACCAAUACAUGCAGAAAAAGAACCCUCUGUACAGCCAGCUGAAGGAGGACACAGUGUGGUCCAUGGAGAGCUUCAAUGCCUACGUGAACGAGCGCUUUGCCGAAACCAAGGCCCUGCCCCGGGACUGGGUUCUGGGUCUCUUCACCAAACGCAUGCAGCAGAUUUUGACCCAGUGUUUUCUGUCGGUCAAAGCCAAACUGGACUGCAGAUUGGGGUUCUUCGACAUGAUUGGCUGUGACUUCAUGAUUGACGAAGACUUUAACGUGUGGCUGUUGGAGAUGAACUGUAACCCAGCUCUGCACACAAACUGCUCCGUGCUGAAGGAGGUCAUCCCCAACAUAGUGAGCGAGACAUUGGACUUGACGUUGGAGAUAUUUAACAAAUGCCGUCGUGGUCAGAGAGUCCUCCCUCUGUCCAGUCAAAAGAACUUUGUCCUGCUCUUCAAAGAACUGUUUCCUCCCGAAGCAGCCGAGCCUUUUCCCAAGAGCAGCACGACAACACACUGUGAGCAAAGGAAGAAGCCAGAACACCAGAGGAACUCUUUGCAAAGUGCUGCGGCGUUAGCGGGAGGCGAGUGUAGGUCACCUCCUCAAACAUCUCACGUCUCAAAACCCAAGAAGAAGAAGGUCCCAUUGAAGUGUAGCACAGUAUCGCCCCCGAUGGACCCACCGCCCGGCCUAAGACAGGCACAGUAG